AACUCUCAAUGCUGCUACCUACCCCUGCUGAUGGCUGUCCCUCUUUCCCUGCACAUCCCUUACACUUUCUGGUGCUCAGGUUGCUACGGCUUUCCACUGUAACUCUGGAAGGUUUGGUUUCGGAGCAUAGAUGUAGUGAGGAGCUUGUGUUGGGCCGUUGCCUAGGGCAGCUCUGAUGACAGCCACCAAGUUCCCACAGGGUGGCAUUGUUCCAGUUGAAGCUUGCUUCUCUGCAUCUCCCCCCUCACAAUUCCCUUGGAGACCCCAGGGCUAGUGGAGCUUGUGCAGGGAGGGUAGAUCAGUUUUCUCUUUGUGCCAGCCCUGAUAAGUUGGUAGUGCCGUCUGCAGCAUAUGAUAUGAAGGAUUCUGAAGUGGCAUCCUGACUCAGCAACAUCUGGUGUUGCGGGGGAGGUGGAAUGGUGUACGCCCCUGGCCAGACCCCCCAGCCCAGUCCUUUAGAGAGUCCUAGUCCUGGUUUCCCUGCCCCACCCCAUCUCGCCAGUAGCUGAUGAAAUCCCAUUUUGCCUGACCAGAACAGUUUCAAUUGUUUUGUGCCUGGUUGCACAAGGAGGUCCUGUGGUCUUGUAAUUAUCAUGCAGACAGUGUCGCUUUACCUGAGACCACUUCACUCUCCAGUCACAUAAGUAACUGAGCCAUGAAUACCACUUGUUAAGUCUCAUACCAUUUUCAUAGCCUUAAUGCAUUUUCAUUGGCAUUCGAAUAGAACCAUAGCAAACACGUGUGAUGCUUAUUAUAUAUGUCAGACACUAUUCUAAUAGCUUCUAACGUAUAUUUACUCUAAUCUUUACAACUAGGGCGACCAAUGGUCCUGGUUUACCUGGGACCGAGGAGUUUCCUGGGAUACAGAAAUUUCAAUGCUGACGCUGGGUCAGUCCUGGAAAAACCAUGACAGUUGGUCACUCUAACAUAAAACAAAGUUUUUCUUCAUUUUUAUCAUCAAACUUACUAUACUGUGUACCAGCAUCAUGCUCUCACUUCCAAGAGAGCCGCCAUCUCACACUUUGGCUUGCACCUGCUCCUCUUACAUAUUCCCUCUGUACUCUUAAAGAGUAAUUUCCUACCCUUUUCAGCUGAGGUUACUGACCCUGACAUGUUUUGUGUUCCCUUCCUCCCUCCUUUCUCACAGGGCCUGAAGGAGGCUUUCUAGAUACCCAUUGCUGCUUCUUCCCACCUAUUCUUUAUUCCUUAUCUUUCCUGCCUUCCCUCUCUCACCGCCAUCUCCUGGAUACUUGUCACUUUAACCUCUUCUUCCUUUUCAGGCCAGUAUUUUGCCCUUGAGUGUAAGUGUUGUGUCACAUCUUCAAUGCUGUGCUGCUUAGUAUUCAAGGUUAGGUCCGGGCUGGCCUUGUGCUUCAGCAGAAUGUUGCACGCUUGAAGGAUGGCUUCAGGGCUUUCGAAAUGCCUUCCUCUCCCUUCCCAAAAAAGUGGCGUCAUAGUCAUAGUGCUGGAAAGCCCAGAAGCCAUUGGGUCCAGCCCACUGUCUUGAGGCAGGUGAGGAGGUCCCCUCAAGUACAGAAGACACACGGAGAAAAAGCAGCCUCUGAAUAAAGUGUACCUUCUACUGCAUUUCUUCCGCCAAGGGAACUAAAAUAUCCACAGUUAAACUUUCUCUCCCCCUUUCAAAGUUUUGUGUCCUGUGAAAUGUGAUAACACUGGUAAAUUUAAACAGUCCAGGGAGUAUUGACUCAUAAGCUCUAUCAGUGAUUUACAGUUCAUCAUGAACUGUAUGCUCUUCCUUGAAGCAGAUUGGAACCGAAUAUGAAAUCUCCUGAGAGGAGCUGAAAACGGAGCAAGUUGGCAGAAGGAAGGCAGGCUGUUCCCCCAAACCGGCAUUUCUCUAAGUGCAGUCUCAGACCAGCAGCAUUAGCACCUCCUGGGAUGUUGUUAGACGUUGCAUUUCUAAUGUAAAUUCUCGGGCCCCACCCCCAAAUCAGAAACUCAGAAGACGCUCAGGAAUCUGUAAUUCUGAUUGCCCGCUAAAAUCAGCUGUUCCAAAUUGGCCAUGGUUUUGCCAGGACCAGCACUGGGUGAUAAUAAACCAGAUCUCUUUGAAGGGGACAUUACUCAGUGGCCACACACUGGGACCUAGGAGGUUGACUGCCGGGGUCAUGUGGACGAACACACUUCAUUUCGAAGGGCUUAGUACCUGCAAGUGUUGAUGCAGGUGGGUUCUCUUCCUCACUGCCCUGGGGAGCCCAGAAAUUCCUGCCAGCCCUCUCAGGAGGCAUUCCUUCACUCUGCCCCUCUUCUGUCAACAAAACAUUCUUUCCAUCCUUCACACCGAAAAGCAUGUCUGGCUCAGAACCCCGACCUUGCCAUGUAUGCACACAGUACAAUGUGCUUCAGAUAUGAUGCCAGAGAUGGCCCUUUGUUUUCAAGAACUUAAGAAUGAAGUCUGGGAAUAUUCUGCCUAUGUCAUGUGUUUUAUUAAUGAUCUGCUCCUGGGUGAUGCGCUUGAUCUUCAGAAGUGGGCCCACAAGGUGUGGGAUGUAGUUGAUUUUAAGCCCCCUGCACUUUAUGAGGCACUUACUGUGGAUUAUUCUGCUAAAUUCUUAAGAGACACCAAGCAUGACUUUGUGUUCUUGGAUGUUUCCAUUGCUUUUUCUCCAAUUGGAAGAUUGAUUUUUGAGCUGUACAGUGAUGCCUGUCCCAAAACAUGUAAAAAUUUUCAGGUCUUAUGCACAGGAAAAGCAGGAUUUUCUCAAAGUGGCGUCAGGCUACAUUAUGCAGGUUCGAUUUUUCAUCGAAUAGUACCGAAUGGUUGGAUACAAGGAGGAGAUAUAGUGGCUGGAAAAGGAGACGGUGGAGAGUCAAUUUAUGGACCAACAUUUGAAGAUGAAAACUUUUCAAUUCCUCAUAAUAAAAGGGGAGUUCUUGGAAUGGUCAACAAAGGCCGUCACAGCAAUGGUUCACAGUUCUACAUCACACUACAAGCGACUCCCUACCUAGAUAAAAAAUAUGUGGCUUUUGGGCAAUUAGUUGAAGGAAAAGAAGUUCUCCAGCAACUAGAAUUGGUUCCAACAGAGAAUGAAAGACCAAUACAACCAUGUACAAUUGAUGACAGUGGAAAUAUUUAUGCUUGAUUUUUGUAUCAAUAUUUCCCGAUAAUUACUUGACCAGCUAUUUCUAGAUUUAAACCAUGCUUAAUAAAAUUUAAUGUGAAAGCUG